AUGUAUGGCGGAGCUGCAGCAAGGAUGUUGUUUAAAGGAGUUAUUUUAAUGCUAGUUGUUACGAACUCAGCUAACCCGACACGGCGUCAUGCUUUCUUCAUCAACCCGGAGAUUGGCUCCGGCGUGAUCGGUGGCAUCCCAGCGCCAUAUGGUAGCGCGCCCUACAUGGUGGCCAUAACCAGGGGCCUGAUGGUCAGAACCUUCAUAUGCGGUGGCUCCCUGAUUAGCACUAUACACAUUCUGACAGCCGCUCACUGCAUAGAUUUAAUCUACGAUGAUGGUGUUUUUAGCGACACCAUGCGCGUGACAGUGGGAACCAAUCGCUGGAUGGCCGGCGGCCAGUCAUACGGCAUCUCGUAUAACUUCACUCAUCCCGAGUACAACUUUGCGACCCUCAAUAAUGAUAUUGGUAUCAUGGUGACGUCCACAGAGGUAAUGUUGUCCUAUGACGUGCAGCCAGUCGGUCUCAGCUUCGACUUCAUAGACGCUGGAGUGCGCGCCCGCGUCGCUAGCUGGGGGAGCUUAUGGUUUAAAGGACCUGAGUCCGAGGUGCUUAUGGAACUGGUGACGGUGACAGUGGAUGCUGAGGAGUGCGUACACGUGGUGGCGGAAGUCGCAGCUCAGUUGAGCAUGUUAGCGCCCACGGUCGAUCCACGAACCAUGCUAUGCGUGUUCCAACCUUCAGAACGCACCAUGUGCACCGUCAGAGUUACAUCAUACGAUUACGGCACCUCAGAGCUGUUCAUCCACGCGGAAUCCCGGGGGCGCAUCCUCGGCGGUGUGCCUGCGGAAGAUGGCGCGGCGCCUUACAUUGCAGCUGUCACCGUAGGGACUACAGUCCGUAGCUUCAUUUGCGCGGGCUCGCUGUUCACAGCUAAGCAUGUUCUGACUGUCGCUCAUUGUAUUUCCGCCUUAUACCGCAAUGGAUCACUUAUCAACUCUCUCAGUAUAACAGUGGGCACCAACAUCUGGAACUCUGGCGGCAAAACGUACAAUAUAUCGGGCAACAUCACACAUCCUGAGUACGAUCCGUCGCUUCUGAAAAACGAUAUUGGAUUCCUGAUUGUAGCAACAGACGUCAGUUUCUCCAAGAAUGUUCAGCUUAUCGUCUUAAGUUACCAGAACAUCGGAGCUGAUGUUGAAGCGAUAGUCGCCGGUUGGGGGAGAGUUAAUAAAACAAAACCAGUAUCUUCUGAGUUAUUGGAGCUGGAGAUGAUGACAGUGGAUGGACAGCAAUGUGCAGAGGAAGUGAAGAAAGAGGCCGCGUCGAUACGUCUGCAAGUACCGCCUGUCGAGCCUCCCCUCAUGCUCUGCGCUUAUCAUUCGGUGAACCAUGGCGUGUGUAAUGGUGAUAGCGGCAGUCCUCUUAUCGAAGUGAGUACUGGAAAGCAGAUCGGGCUGGUGUCGUGGGGGCUGCCGUGUGCGCGAGGAACUCCCGAUAUGUUCACACGAAUCAGCGCAUACGAGAAAUGGUUCAAACAAACUGUUUCUGUAGAUAAUACAGUAACUUCUACUACUACUUCUGAUACUAAAUCUACGGAAACUUAGUUUAAAUGUAUUUAAAUCAGUAAAUGUUUAUUAAAGUGUA